UGGCGGAAGAGAUGAUGAGUAACUUGAGCCGGAGACCAGGAGUGGAGCACCAGAACGAGAUAGCAGCCUACAAGAGACGCAUCUCAAAAAUGAGCACCGAAAUCAAGGUCGAGACAGCGCAGAAGAAUGCCCUCUUGUCGCGACUGGAGAAGAACGAACAGGAGAGUGAGAUGCUACACGAGGAGAACCGGAACUGGAAGCAGAUGUAUUACGAUUUGAAACGGAAACUGACCAGUCAAAACUGGAACUCAAAUAAUGACGUCACAAAUAGCGAAGCGACGUCAUCUCUCCACUCGAAACACCACGUGGGCUCGGAUGGCAGCAACAGUUUCUCAAACACGAUGAGGGGUCAAACCAAACAGCAGAAUGGGUCUGGAAGUACUGUCACAUUACCAGCCAUCGAGAAUGCUCUGAAACAUAGAAAUUGAAG